GGUCGCUCAGUUAAUGUUACUCUGAAAGGUUUCGGCAAAAACUUAUAUCUUGUGCAGAAGUUUAACAACAAUCGUUCAAUCAUGGUAGAGAGAAAGAAAAGUCUACUUCUUACUUACAUUAUUUGGUUCAAAUUAGGCUGGCUUGGUUUACAUCAUUUUUAUCUUGGUCGAGAUAUUCAAGCUUUUGUGUGGUGGUCGACGUUUGGCGGCGUUUUCGGACUCGGUUGGUUGCGCGAUCUUUGGCGAAUUCCAGAAUACGUAGAGGAUGCGAACGAAGAUCACUACUAUAUAGAAGAACUUAAACGCAAGAUUAAACUCAGGAAAGAACCGCCAUUCAGUACUACUCGAUUUGCCGGGCAAAUGCUUGUAGGAUACUUUUAUGGUAUUCUAACACGCUUAGCAAUUCCUGAAUCGGCCCCCAAGUGGACGCCUGCUUUGUGGGUCCCCUUAGCUGUUGCUUCGGGGAUCUAUCUCGUUGGGAACAUCGGAAGAGAGAGGGGGGACUUCAAGUAUGCGCUAAUUGGCUGUCUAGUAUCCUAUGCAUCUAUUACAUUUAUCAAUGGAGACGAAGCUGGAAACAUGUAUGUUGCACUCUUUGGUGCAAUGUUGUUCCAAUAUAAACGUGAAUACCGGAAGGAAAUCAAGCAAGAGAAGAGAUCUCUGUGUAGACGUGUGCAAGUAUUAGCCCUAGGAGGUUUGAUCAUGUGUGCCUUGUGGGGAUCAUUUAUUUAUUUCAAUGCUGAGGUCACAACUGAAGAUGGGGAAACGAUCAAACUGAGGGAUGCAGUGAACCACUUCUUUAACUCCCCUGUGUGGCUAGAAUUCAAGGAUGUUCUUUGGCAAUUGUACGAUGAAGGUCAAAAGAAUGGAUGGCAGAAUCUCUAUGACGACUUUGUCAAGGCCUUGGACCCGAGAGGAGAGAAAAACUCAUAUCGUGUGCUUGGUUUAACAGAGGAUGCAACCCAGGAAGAAAUAAAAAAGAGAUACAAGAAACUUGCAAUGAAAUGGCACCCAGACAGACAUAGAGAUAACAAGGAAGAAGCUCAAAAACACUUCAUGGAAAUCCAAGAAGCCUAUGAGAUUCUCUCCAAACUCAAGACUAAGAGAGCUAGUAAAAAUACACGAACUGACUCGGACUAUAAUGCAUCAUCAAGAGAGAAGACAGAGUUUUAGACAUUCUAUAGUUUUAGAAAUUAAUAAAUUAGUAAGUCAGGAGGAUGAAUGGAACAGUAAUUGAACCUAUGUAACUAAGUUUUUCUCUUUGGACAGCUGUUCAAAUUAGAAAUCAAAUUGAGCAAAUUGUUCAAUGGGCUAAGCCUUCAAAAGCAAACAUGGCUCUCAGUGUCACUUUCUUAUAGUGAAACAGUAAUAAAGAGCAUUAAAUGAAAAAUUUAAAAGAGCCAUGUGUCAGUUUCUCUAUUGACACAAUUAAGUGUGAGUAUUUAAUAAGCAACCAUAUGGUACUACACCAGGGAUGGCAAACUAUGGGAUAGGAAAAAAUGGUGAAAUGUUAUCUAAAUCCAGGAAACUUCUUGUCAGAGUUGGGAGAACCACAGUUUGUUUUUUACUUGCUAAUUAGUAAGAUUUUUAGCUGAAAAUGGGUCACUGGAGAACAAGACCAAAAUCCAUGGGACCCCUACAGGUGAUGUCCCUGGUACAUUGUGUUUUAAUUACCUUGCCAACAUGGGGAUCUCUUAAAUAUAAUUGGGGGCAAUGAGGGUUGAUGAAUCUUGGAUUGGUAAAACAGGGCAGUGAUUAAGGCUGCAAGCAACCUUUGAUGUGUCAAGCAUUUCACUUCUCUCCCAAACAGAAAAGUGACACUGGACACAGAGGCUACUGCUUGGAGUCUAGCAGUGACUUAGAUCAAUUUGAAUCUUCACAGUGAAACAUGAACCUAUUUAUUACAUAAAUUAUAUCUUAUAGAUUUUCUUAAACUUUUGUUUUAAAUUGUAUAUAACUGAUUCUAUCCACCAAAUGAACUUAGUUUAGUAUUCCAGCAUCUGUAGAAAUAGUAAACAAAAAUUUUUCAAAUUUGAUAGAAAAAAUAACAUUGUUGAUAUCUACCAUCUCUACAUUGACUUCAAUCAUGAACCUAAAAACCAA